AUGUGCGCCGUCCGCUUUGAAGCCCUGCUGGAAGAGCUCGAGGUCAAUGUCCAGCACCAGUACCACGAAAAGACGCCCGAGUACAUUGACGAGAUUGCCCUGUACCUGGACCUCGUCGAUGUCCUGACCAGCAACUACCUUGCGCGGAUCAUCCACAUCUGCACCGGGCUCGUGGCCGCCGGGCUCCUAACUAGUGCGCUGGCCCUGCUGUCGGCCGCCGCGCUGGUCUGCGACUCCCGCUACGUCUGCGCCAAGCCGCGCCCGGUGCUCCGCCUCCACGCCGCCAUCCUCGCGGACCAGACAUGCUCUGCGUCCGAUGCGCUCAUUGCCGCCUGCAGGCUGGUCGCCCUGGUGUCGACAGACGACCGCGCGCACGUCGCCAAAAGCACGGACCUGUAUGCCCGGUGCGCAGCCUUUGUUAUCAAGAGUGGCCCCGGCGCAUUCGAGGUGACCAAGGCCCUCCUACAUGUGUUUGCGGACGCCGACUCGGUUACCAUUUCCCAUCCCUUCUGCCGCGUUCUGACACCCCAGGUGUUUUCGGCCAUGUUUAUACACUCGGUCGAUAGCCCCAGCACCAGGGGCCUGCUGAUCGCCAUCAUGUCGGCGUUUAUGCACGACUGCCUGUUCAUCCCCGAGCCCGAGUGGCCCGCGAGCCUGUGUCCCAGCGAGAUCCUGGAGUUCUGCUGCGCCCAGGCCACCGAAACACGGUCCCACGGCGCCGUACUCGCCCGGCUCAUGUCCGUUGCAGUGCAGAUGCAGUACCACGCCCCGACGACGUUCUGCCCCCGCUCCAUCAAGGCGUUCCUGGCCCUGGACGCGGCCAACACCUGCACCGUGCUCCGAGGCUCUGGUGUCUGGAAGAUCGCCGCCAUGUACGCCCAGUGCAUGCUGAGUGCAUCCGGCCACCUCGACGACACGCUGCUGCCACCCGUCGACCUCAGCGACAUCGCCAGCCGCGUCCAGGCCUACUCGGCCUCCGACAUGUACAUUAUGGUGUACGACCACGUCGAGGUCCUGCUGCUGCUGGCCAGGCUGCACCGGCUGCCGGAGCGCUACGUCGCCGCGCUGCUGGACCCCGGGCUCUUUGAGGUCGUGGCCGACGCCAUAAACAAGCUGCUCAUCACCCCCAACGCCCCCGUGGGUGUCCGACGCACACUGCUAAACACCCUCGAGCUCUACCUGUACUUUGCCGGCCAGUUCCGGCCCGAGAUCGGCCUGCUGUACGCGCAGCACAUCCAGCAGGCCGACCGCGCCCUCAUCAGCCGGCUCGUGUGCCCCAGCCUCCUCGGCAAGGCCCUGCUGGCGCUGCCGGCCCACGAACACGUCCCAGGGUUCCUGUGCAAGACCACGCUGUACGAGACGCACACGGCGCUUGCGAAAAGCGAAAUCGCGAUCUGCCCGGCGCCCGCUUGA